AUGCGGGUGCAGAGAGAAGCCGGCACGCGUGACUCUUGGAGGUCACUCUCAUCACUGCUCCAUCGGGAUUCGCCCCAAGGGCUGGAGUGCUGCUGGAGCUCAGGGUUGGCCACCCAGAGGUGUUUAAGUUGUUGCGUGAUUGCAGACCUGUACACGGCCCCCGACUCCUGCGAGGGACGCUGCGAGGAGCCCUACAGCGAGGAGGACGAGUGCCACUGCGAUGCCGAGUGCGAGACGUACGGCAACUGCUGCGAGGAUUACUACAGGCACUGCCAACCCGGUGGAGAAUGGGUUGAGGAGGCCGCUCGCACCCGCAACGGUUUCUCCAGCAGCCACGACGCCAUCACCGACGAGGAUCUCCUCCGCGUCUCGGAACAGCUUUACAGGGCGGAUCACAACAAAGCCCGCCCGAGCGACAUCGCCAUUAACCCCCAGUACCAGGCGUCCCCCGAUGAGACAGGCGACCAGGAGGACCGCUCCCCGCAGCCGCUCUACAAAUACGUCAACGAGGCGCUUUUCUCCAAACCCACCUACGCAAGCUUCAUUAAACUGCUGGACAACUACCAGAGGGCAACUGGCAGGGAGGAGGAGGUGACGGCGGAGGAGCUGAGGGAGCAGGACAACUUCCUCAAGGAGGUGAUGAAAACCGAGCUCAUGAAGAAACUCUUUGCCUUCCUCCACCAAAAAAACCGCUACAGCUCCGAGCAGGAGUUUGUCGCCGAUUUGAAGGAGAUGUGGUUCGGCCUCUACUCCAGAGGUGACAGUGAGCAGGACUCCAGCGGCUUCGAGCACGUCUUCUCAGGGGAGGUGAAAAAAGGGAAAGUGUCUGGAUUUCACAACUGGAUUCGCUUCUACCUCCUUGAGAAGCAGGGCAUGGUCAACUACUUCAGCCACAACUUUGACGGGCCAUGGGACACCUACCCCGACGUGCUGGGGCUGCAGUUCAGCUGGGACGGCUUCUACAAGGAGGUGGGCUCUGCCUUCAUCGGCUGCAGCCCCGAGUUUGAGCUUGGCCUGUACACCUUGUGCUUCAUCGCACGGCCUGGGAGGGCAUGUUACCUGAGCCUGGGUGGCUACAGCCUCAGCAUCCAGACCUACCCCUGGACCAAGUCCACCUACGGCAACGGCAAGAAGUACAUCGCCACGGCCUACGUGAUCUCACCCUGA